CCGUAUUUUGGAUGUCUGGUGAUCACAUAUGCACACUGUGGGAACAUGUUGAAUGUACUGGCGUUAUACAAAUGAUCGUUCGUCCUGUUUAAACUUCUAGAAUUUUAGUGAUGAUAUUUUACCGCACGAUACACGACAUAUUAACAUAGCAUGGUAAUGGUAAAUGGUUAUAUGAAGGCAGUGUUAACAGUUGUGGAUGUCACUUCUAUGUCAUUACAUAUCGUAACCUGGCCAUGACAUCAGUCCCUGUGAUCUGCGCUCAAAUUAAUGUGAAUUCUAUUCAAGGGCUAAGUACCAGGGAAGAAAUUGUAUGGAUACUACCUUCAUUGGAUGGACCUCUUUAGACGCUUACACCAGCAAACCAUUUAUUCUGUCGUCUCUGCAGAAUGAAUCGUAAAUACUUAAAACUUAAAUCAGAUUUCUCGAACGUCUACUUUCUUACCAAGAUAAUUUUAUCCGUGAUUUUGUUGGAAUAUUCCAGAUACAAACCAGUACAUGUUUACAGCUGUCAUGUAUACCACAGUGGUCAGUGUCGCCAUGCUACUUCUACAAGUAAUCAACGUGGAAGGAUGGUCAGCAGCCAAUGAACUGAGUAUCCGAAGUACAAAGUUCGCCGCUGCUUCAUAUGACAGAUUGGUACGACCCGCUGACGUCAUGACUGUUAAAGUUGGAAUCAGUCUCAUAUCCAUCAACGAUGUUAGCAUGGUGGACCAAAGCAUGUCUGUGACGGGAUGGCUUACUGUGGAGUGGGAGGAUAGUCGAAUAAUAUGGACCCCUGCCAGUGAAGGCAACGUGGAUCAUAUAUAUGCGUUAGACAAGGAAAUAUGGAAACCUGAACUGUUCAUUGACAAUUCUGUGGACGAUGUUUCGAUACUACAAGAUGACAAUCUGCUGUUCCGGGUGACUGAGACUGGCAGGGUAGACUGGGAAAUGCCCCAAAUCUUUGUUACGUCAUGUACCAUAGAUACUACGUACUACCCUUUUGAUACCCAGGAGUGUGCCAUCGAUGUCACCAGCUGGGCGUACACUCAAGCGGAGCUGGUACUCACCCACUUGCGGGAUAAAGUGAACACCGAAGAUCUUGGAGAGAAUGGCGAAUGGACAUUCACAAAUUCCAGAAUAGAAACGUCUUCCAUUCAGGAGACGACAGUGAAUGGCGUCGUGGAAACUUUCUCGCUCCUGAAAUUCAUUAUUGUACUCACAAGGCGUUACGAUUUCUACAUGACAAACGUCGUACUUCCGGUAGUACUAACUUCCUUUCUCAUUGUCCUCGUCUUCGUACUUCCGGUGGACUCCGGCGAGAAGGUGUCGUACGCACUGACAGUGUUACUGGCCUUAGCUGUGCUCCUUACUCUUAUAGCGGACAGCAUGCCAAACACGUCACUUAAUGUAUCCAUUAUGUCCGUGUACCUAGCAUUUACCUUGAUAAUGGGGGUACUAGCUGUGGGAUUGUCGGUAGUGGUUCUCCGUUUGCACCAUAAGGACCCCGCAGAACCAGUACCUGCCUUCCUACAGGCCAUUACGAAAGGAGUGUUUGUCAGGAUAGGAUGCUGGAGAGGAUGCUGCAGAGGAUGCUGCAGAGGAGGAGGUUGUUGUAAAAGACGCAAUGAUCGGGUUGAGGAGAUAAACAAAGAAUCCAAUGCAGUGGACACAGCUCAGAACGAGGCAGGGAGCUCCGAGGAAGUUUGUUCAGACUACUCUUGGACGGAGAUAGCGGCCAUCUUUGACUGGUUUUUGUUUGUAGUGUUUUUCUUUGUUACAUGUGUGGUGUCUGUAAUGUUCCUGGUUCUGUUAAGGGUGGGAGGAGCUAUUAAAGAAGCCUCGGCUUCAUAACGACACACAUGUAACGGAUGUGAGUCACGUCAUUUGUUACGGGAAUCCGAACAGGAAAGUUACAGAUAAGAAAAUCAUUUCAGAUGAAUGUUUUGGGGAGUCUUUUAAUAUCUAGUAUAGUUAUUAAUCUAACUUCAUUUUCUCGUCCAAUAACCGAACAAGGUAAUGAUUUAAUGUUAUGAUGUGAUGGUUUCGUGUUGGUAUCUCUUUAACACAUAUAGAUAUCAUCACUAACCGACCACUAUUACACCUCUUUAUGUUGUGUACACGGAUCACUAAUCAUAUCCACCCAGGAACUAAAAUACACAUACUCUUUUGCCUAUUAAAUUAUUUCAUGUUUCAUUUGAAAACCUCUCUGAAAACACCACUGGUAGGUUUUCAAGAUAUGUUUGAAAUUUGAUUUAAUAGCGAAAACUGUUUGAAUUUAUCUUGUAUUCUAUCGUCUUGUCUUUUUCAAAAUAGAAACUUACGAGACAAUGUUUUAUUGUAAAAAGGACUGACGUGAGAGAAAUGAAUACCCUCAGAUGGUCUUCACUAGAAUUACAAGUAAGAAUAUUUAAAUAACCCUUAGCGCUUUCAAUAAUUAUCGUAACUACCUGCUAUACUGAGAUCUGCUGUAAUAAAACAAUUGUAUACAUAUA